AUGGACCCAAGAAUAUCCUUCUCCAAUGAUUUUGUGGUGGCCCAACAAGCAAUCAAGCAUGAAAAUAUAUACAGAGAAGCUCCUGCCUCUUCGGAUUUCGAAUUCUCAGUCAAGAGCUAUUCUAUGAUAUCAGCAGAUGAGGUGUUCUGCCAAGGCAUGCUUUUGCCUCUGAAGAGUGACUGCUCCAAGAAGGUGACUUUAAGGGAUGAGUUGCUUGUUAAUGAUGACUAUGAAGAGGACUUACCAAGAUUACCAAAGAGUUCAAGCCGGUGGAAGGAGCGGUUAGGCCUCAAGAGGGGUUCAUCUAAGAAAGAUAAGAAUAAGAGUGAUGGGUUUGUUCAGAGAGUAGUUGCUGAUGAAAAAGGGUCUAGUUUUGGACAAGGAGACAUAACUAUUAGCAAAGACAAUAUGGAACUGUAUUAUGAAGGUGGUGUAAGUUGUAGGGGCAAGUGA